GGACAAGGCGCUUUCAGACGAGGACUGUACCGAUUACAGAGUUGCAUUCUUCUUCUUGUACAGGGUUCGCUUCUAGGACGAGUGCAGCUCAUUCGCCGCCACAGACCGUCUGUCCGGCAACUGAUAGGAAUUGAUACUUUUGGAAGAAAAUGGAUAUUUUCAAAAUUAGUGGGAGUAUAUCAUGGAUGGACAAAUAAUACAGCUUCCAGUACCACUUACUACUUUAUCACACGGUUUUGAUUUUCAACGGAUUUAAUGCAACAAAGAUGUUGGAAAAGCUGAGAUAUGUAGUAAAUACGGCAUUGACAAAGACUUGACAGCCAUAGAGCACCAAAACAGCCAGAGGCGACCUGCCCUCCCCUGUGAUGGAACUUGGAAAUCCUUGUGCUUGUCGAACCCUGGUCUCCUCAGGAACUUGAGUGCAGCGGUAGCUGUGUCUGUUUUUGUUUCUAGAAAACAUAUGACAUGUGGACGAUUCAUCUUAAUUAGCUCUCGACACUCUUUUCGGAAGGGACCACGUUGAACCCCCUGUUAUUCCAUGAUACAAUCUUCAUUUACAAGUUGUAAGAGGAGACGCAACUGAAUCCUCAGGUUGGGUCGCGGGCUAGACACUUGGGCUUCAACAAUUGGAGAAGGGGUGAUGUCCAUCUCAGCUGUACCAUCAUUUGUAAUUGCGUUGUUUCCCAUCUCAGCCAUUGCUUUUUUCUUUAUUUGCUCCGAUCAAUGCGGCUUCCUCAUCCAUCAACUCCUCAAUUAUAGCAAAACGAUUUUGUUGCGAGACUUUCGUUCCUUGACUUCUUUGGAGAGCCGCUGAUUUCGUCAAAUUUUUUGGGAUAGAUUGUGAAGAAAUAAAAAUUUUAGUUUAUU